AUGGCAUCUUCAGACGAUGAUAUGCCCCUCGCCGGGUCGAGAAAGUCGAAUGGCACGAACGGGGUCACCAAGUCUCUCUCCGAUUCGAGGAUACCCGCAUCUGUCGACGCUGCGAUGGACAAACAAAUUCCCACGAACGGAGAGAUCAUGCCUGGCAUAUCGAUGGCGAAUGGUGAUGUGAAGGUGGAAGACACGCCCAUGCAAGACGCCGACAACAAUCAUCUCACAAACGGUUCCGCGAAUGCCAAACGCAAGGUUCGAGACAGUCUCAGUCGACCAGACUAUGCGGAUGCCCAGAGUAGCGACGACGAUGUACCACUGAGUAAAAAGAGAAAGACGACGACAGCUCCUCCGGGUUCCGAUUCCGACGAUGCUCCUCUGCUGGCUAAGGCUAAAGCAAAUGGCAAGACGGUCACCAAGCCACCACGCGCCAAUGCAGCGCAGAUAGGAGAGUCAUCAGAUUCUGAUGUUCCUUUGGGUAAAAAGUUGGCCAAGCAGAAACAACAGAUUGAAAAGGCCGCAGAGAAAGAAGCAAAGCAGAUUCGCCAGGAUGAGAAGAAAGAGGCCGCAAAAUCCACCAAGAAAGCUCCUCCAGUUAAGAAGGUCAAGAAGGAGGAGUCGACUGACGACGACAAACCUCUGGCCAAGCGGGCUUCAGCAGCGACCAGCAAAAAGGCCAAGGCCGAUUCUUCCACACCGGCUAGGAAGACAAAGCCAAAUUCCAAAGCCGCCAAGAAGGAGGAAACUGCCGAUCCGGAGGACGAAGAUGACGAGGAGGAAGACAUUAAGUGGUGGGAGGAUCCUACCAAAGGCGACGGAACCAACAAAUGGGAGACCCUGCAGCACAACGGCGUUGUCUUCCCACCGCCUUACCAACCACUUCCGGAGAACGUCAAAAUGAAAUAUGAUGGCGUGCCUGUCUCACUUCAUCCUGAUGCUGAGGAGGUUGCCGGUUUCUUUGGAUCUAUGCUCAAUUCCACACACAACGUGGAGAAUCCCACGUUUCAGAAGAACUUCUUCGCCGAUUUCAAGGACAUCUUGAAGAGGACCGGCGGAGCAACCGACAGCAGGACAGGCAAGAAAAUCGAAAUCAAGGAAUUCCAAAAGUGCGAUUUCCGGCCAAUCUUCGAGCACUAUGAAGCUGAGAGGGCAGCUAAAAAGGCAAUGCCGGCGGCCGAAAAGAAAGCUCUCAAGGCUGCGAAAGAUGCCGCCGAAGCUCCGUACAUGUACUGCAUUUGGGACGGCAAGAAACAGAAGGUGGGCAACUUCCGUGUCGAACCUCCUGGUCUGUUCCGCGGUCGGGGUGAGCAUCCCAAGACCGGCAAGGUCAAGACGCGGGUAAUGCCAGAACAAGUCACGUUGAACAUCGGCAAAGAAGCCACUGUGCCUCCACCGCCUGAAGGGCACAAGUGGAAGGAGAUCAAGCAUGACAAGCAAGGGACGUGGCUGGCAAUGUGGCAGGAGAACAUCAACGGCAACUACAAGUACGUGAUGCUCGCGGCGAAUUCCGACAUCAAAGGCCAGAGCGAUUACAAGAAGUUCGAAAAGGCUCGGGAGUUGAAGAAGCAUAUCGACCGGAUCCGCAAAGACUAUCGAAAAGAUCUGAAGUCCGACCUGAUGGCGGAUCGACAGAAAGCCACUGCCAUGUAUCUGAUUGAUCAAUUCGCCCUGCGUGCCGGCAACGAGAAAGGGGAAGAUGAAGCCGACACGGUUGGUUGUUGUUCGCUGAAGUACGAACAUAUUACGUUACGUGCUCCAAACACGGUGAUCUUCGACUUCCUGGGUAAAGACAGCAUUCGAUUCCACGAGGAAUUCGAAGUCGACCCCCAGGUCUUCAAGAACCUGAAAAUCUUCAAGAAGCCCCCCAAGAAAGAAGGGGACGACAUCUUCGAUCGUUUGACCACGACGCAACUCAACAAUCAUCUCAAGAACUACAUGCCCGGCUUGACGGCCAAGGUGUUCCGUACGUACAACGCGUCGUUCACCAUGGCCAAACUGUUGAGUGAGAUGAAAUCCGAGGGCUCGAUCCCCGAGAAGAUCAAGGACUACAACGACGCCAACCGGAAAGUGGCGAUUCUGUGCAACCACAAGCGCACUGUGGCUGCCACCCACGUCAACCAGAUGGAGAAAUUGGGUGAUCGUCUCAAAGGCCUCAAGUACCAGCAAUGGCGGCUCAAACAGAUGAUGCUCGACGUUGACCCCAAGAUCAAGAAGAAGAAGGGCGCCGAGUAUUUCGCCUUGCCGGAUGACUUGGACGAGGCCUGGAUCCAGGAGCAUCAGGCAUAUUUGGUGGAAGAACAAAAGAACAAGAUCAUCAAGAAAUUCGAGAAAGACAACGAGAAGCUGCAAGCCGAAGGGCAGAAGCCGAUGAAGCAGAAAGAACUCGACGAGCGUCUGGAGGUCGUCAAGGAGCUCGAAAAGAAGUUCAAGAAGGAAAACAAGACCAAAAAGGUCGAGGCCGAAGGCAAAUCUCCCACGAUCGAAAAGCUGGAGGAGAACGUCAAGAAGUUCGAUGCCAGAAUCGCCACCAUGUCCAUCCAAGCGGAGGACAGAGAGAACAAUAAAGAGGUGGCACUGGGGACGUCCAAGAUCAACUACAUCGACCCGCGCCUGACCGUGGUGUUCUGCAAGAAGUUCAACGUCCCCAUUGAGAAGCUGUUCUCCAAGACCCUGCGCGAGAAGUUCGAAUGGGCCAUCAAGUCGGUUGACGAGCACUGGGCUUUCUAG